AUGAAACAAGCAACGACUGUCCAGGAGCUCCUGACCACGCCGCAGGCGUCUCAAGCCGCGGGUGGCUUAAGUUCGGUCCAGCAGCCCGUGUUCUCCCGCAACCGGGCGUUUGACUUUGUGUACGAUCCAUUAUUUACUGUGUCAAGUGAGAAAGACCACAAACAAGCCAGUGCCCAAGCCAUGUUGAUGAAAAGCAGACUGAGAAAAGUUCCCAGGUUUCAAAACAUGUUCAGCAACUUGACCCAUUAUCCAAGAUAUUCUCUGCACUUGAGCAAGGCAAGCCCUAUUCCACCGUUCAUCAAUCAGGAGUGGAAGGGGCCUGAAACUAAACUUAGAGGCGGCCUUCAGAGGGUUCCAGAAGCAGAUACUUAUUGUCAGAGACCUAAAGAAACUUACGAAGAUCCCGAAAUUACUGGAAGAAAUCGCUAUAAGUACUUUGAAAGACCUUUCCUUCCAUUUUAUACACGGAUCCCAUACUGUGCUGUUUAUGCAGCAGCCAAGGCAGAAUCAUUUACCUCUUCACCUCCUGUUGCUAAGCAGUCAUCUGCCCUUACAAAGAGCACAGUGGGCACGCAGACUGAUUACCGGGAAGCCGAUGUCCAGACAGACCCAUAUUCUCCAGAAUAUAUAGUGUGUCAGGACACAAUCCCUGAGCUCCUGACCCUGGCCACUCUUACUUGGGCUCGAGGUCUCCCCGCAGGACUGGCCGAGGUGGAGAUGAUAGAGCGUGCCCGGGAGAAGCGUGCCUGGGAAGCCACCCUGCCCUUGCUGAGUGACACUGCACACUAUGAGAAGAGGAGGAGGAUGAUGGAUGCAAUGGAGAGGAAGGAGUGGGCCUUCCGAGAGCAGGAGAUUGAAAAGAUACAGGAGAUUCGCCUGGAAAUUUUAAAAGAGCUACUGAAGAAGCGUGAUGAGAAUCAAAACGAAGUGAAUACGAAGCUCUUGAAUGCUCGGUGGGCUAAACUACAGGAGGCAAAGGAGGCAAAAAUUGCAAAGAUUCAACAGAGACACAUAACAGCAAUGAGAAAACUUGCAACAAAAAGAAAGGAUAUAGAAGGGAAAUUUCAUAAAAGAGACAUCAUCCAGGAGUAUUCUGAUUAUGCAUCACAGGUCUAUGGACCUUUGUCUCGGCUUGGCCGUUUUCCAGACAACAACUCAGAGAACUUUGUAGUAAAAAACCAUUUUCUCAACACCUAUGAAGGAUUAGUUGAGCUUGAGGAAUGUAUCCCUGAUUUUGUGACACAGCCCCGCAUCACAGCUCCAAAGCCCAAAGUCACCACCACCAAAGCUGGUUUUCUGAACAGGUCAGCAAGACUGGAACGUGAGUUGGAAGAGGUUCAUAAGGCACUGUUGGAUAAGAAGUAUGAGGUUCCCGAACCGAAGAAGCCUCUGCGCUUCCUUGAGAAAAAGCCGAUCCCUCAGCCCCGGCUUCCAACUCCAACCUUGGUGAUGUGUUCUAAUGAAGAAGAAGACAUAGACAUGGCUGUGAUCUACCUGCAGAAGUUACUCCGAGGCAGAGCAGUUCAGAAUAUGAUGUUUGAAGGGAAGGAGAAGCGUCUGGAGUUGAUCCAGGAACUGCGCACCAGUCAUGCACUGCAGGAAGAUGAAAGGAUGGUGAAGAAAGCUGAGAAGCAAGUGACCUUGGCCUUACAGCGACAAAGGAACCUGCAUGAGAAUAAGUUGUCGCUGAUUGAGGACCACUUGGCUGGCCUGGAAGGAGGGGUGCUGGCCGACAUGUUCGACUUCCUGUCAAAAGAGCUGGUGAGACUGCAGGAGGAGAGGCGCAUCCACGCCUUUGCCAUGAUGGCAGAGCGACAGCGGAGGAUGCGGGAGGCCGAGGAGAGUGGCCGGCGCCAGCUGGAGGAGAGGCGCCUGCGGGAGGAGGACCAGAUAUUUAAGGAGAUGAUUAAAAUUCAUCAAAGUACUGUAUCCUCUUAUCUGGAAGAUAUAAUACUAAAUGCUGAAGAGAGUACCGCAGACGUUCAGGCCAGGGAAGAAAUUGAGAAGAUAGCUCAACAGAUCAAUGAUGUUGCUUAUGAAAUGGAGGACCGUCGAACUACACUUCAGUCAGAGGAAAUUGUUGCAGAGUUAGUUUAUAGUUUCCUGAUCCCAGAAGUACAAAAGAACUUUGUCAAAGAAAAAGUGAGGGACGCCCAGCGGAAGCACAUUCUCGCAGCCCACCAGAUCAUCCACGCUGAGAUGGACGAAAUGCUGCUGAGGCGCGCAGAGGAGGAGAAGCUGCUGGAGCUGCAGCGGGAGCAGGAGAGGCAGUGGCUGCUGGAGGUACAGCAGCAGUGGCAGAGGGAGCAGGAGCAGCAGUGGCAGCUGGAGCUGGAGCAGCAGCGGCAGUUAGAGCAGGCCUGGGAGCAGGUGCUGGGGCAGGGGCAGGAGCAGGAGCAGCCACAGGAGAGCCCCGAAAUUCCAGAGGAGAAGAAAGACGCAAAAGACUCAAAAUGA